AUGAUUGUGCCAUAUGGAAGGCAAACUGGGCUCAGCUAUAUUUGCUAUUCCCAGAUCUGAGCAAGGGCACUGUAACACAAAGCAGUGAAACUUCAAUUUGAAACUGAGGUAGACAAUACAACAGGAGCCAGUUUAAAAAUUAUAAAGCCCAAAAAGGAAAGACAGGCAAGCCCCCAUUCUCUAAAUGGAAAAAAUGAUAACUCAUGGGUAUGCUUAUGA